CAUUCACCAGCGUAACUUGUGUACCCAUGAAAUGUGUCCGGCGGAAGUUGGGCCCUCGGCCUUGUUGUCACAAAAGAAAUGGCGAGCGGCAUAGGCAAACAUAAGAUUGUGAAUGUGGGGCCAACUGAACCAUGGUCAGUCCGGGAAAAACUGUGCCUGGCCUCUUCUGUUAUGAGGAGUGGUGACCAAAACUGGGUGUCUGUUAGUCGAGCCAUCAAGCCUUUUUCUGAGUCUGGUCGCCCACCAGACUGGUUCUCCCAGAAACACUGUGCCUCACAAUAUUCUGAGCUGCUAGAAGCCACAGAAGCCCCUAAACGUAAGCGUGGUGAGAAGGGCGAGGUGGUUGAGACCAUCGAGGAUGUAAUUGUCCGCAGGCUAACUACUGAAAGGAUAGAGGAGCUGAAAAAACUACUCAGAGAAACCCAAGAACAGUACAGGAAGUUGAAGAAGGAGGUGGAUCUAAUACAGACAGGCCACAUGGACCCCCAGCUGAAGGAGCUGUGGGCAGAGAUCACACUAAAAAAGAAGCAAGAUGAGGAGGAAGCAGACCAGAAGAGGAAGGCAACAGAAAUGGCAUAUCAAGCCCGUCAGGCGAUUAAAAACACCCCCAAGCGUUUGCCGAGUGUCACUGUUCGUUCUCCACUGGGCGCCAGCCCCCCCGGCAUGGACCCCCAGACUGAGUCCUCUGCCCCCACACCACCCAUUGACCCUGCGGUUAUUGCCUCAGAUGACACCAGCACACACUCUGUCCAAGGCGUAGGGGCUUUUCUCCCAGUGGCAGACGCCCCAGGCCCGGGUCUGAAAGAUGGAGGGCUGGCCUCUUUAGUAGAUGAUUCUCCACAGAAGAGGCUACUGUCACAGAAGGCCACGCCUCCGCCUUCUCCUCUCCUAUCAGAGCUGCUGAAAAAAGGCAACCACAUCUCGGCCAGCACCCACCUUGUUGCUGACGGAGACUCAUCCGGAAGCCUUAGUAAUGGACUACAGACCGCUACUGCUGUCGCCACGCCGUUACCAUCUGGUCAUGAUGUCAUCACAGAGGGAGAAGUCGAAGCUGCAGUGAAGGCCGAGCUUGGUGAGGAGACCGGAUUAGUUGAGGAGGACCUUGUAGCUGUGUCUUACAUGGGAGAUGAACUAGAUCUGGAUACUGUGGGAGACAUCAUUGCCAUCAUAGAGGAGAAGGUUGAUGACUCGGUGGAGGCUUUGGAUGCAGCAGCAGUGGAAGCAGCUCUGUCUCUGUGUGAGGAGGCCGUCUCGGAAGGCCACACCCUCCCGGGACCCUGGGAGACUCAGGAAUUAAAAGAAUCAGACCAGACAUCCACAGUCGAAGACCCUGACCCCAUACAGGACCCUUGUGACGUGACGAGUCUCUCCGUCCCAACCCCUGUCGCCGUGGAGACGCAGAGUCAACCCGAAACCCCAAACGCAGACGAACAGGUCAAGAGAAAUUGUGACGAAUCCGAGACGGAAAAAGAAGCAACGUUGUGUGGCACCUCGGACGAUGUUGCGGCUGGAGAUGAGGUUACAGAAGAGGGGACAGCAGAGAAGGAAGACGCUGAUGCCGUCGUCAAGAGUGAAGUCGAGGAUUGGAACCAACCUGAGGCCAACCCGCCCUGCCUAGACUCUGAGGACAGUUCUGUUUCAGGCAAAGAGUCCAAGGAGAUUAAGGAGGAAGAGGUGGGGAGUGAGUGUGACCCCGAAGAGGGGAUGGAGCUAAAAGAGCAGUGUGGCGAGGGGGAGGGUCCCUAUUUGUCAGAGGUGGAGCGGGCAGCCAGCGAGAGCGAAGACGGCUACGGGCCGCCCUCUCAACGCUACAUGGCCGAUUCAUUGGCGAGCAGCCCUGCCUCGUCUUCCCAGCUGUCUACAUGUGGCGAGGACCAGGAUGCCGUGCAGGCCCAGAAAAUCUGGAAGAAAGCCAUAAUGCUGGUGUGGAGAGCGGCGGCGAACCACAGGUAUGCCAGCGUCUUUUUACAGCCUGUGUCAGAUGACAUCGCCCCUGGUUACCACAGCAUUGUACACAGACCAAUGGACCUAUCGGCCAUAAAGAAGAACAUUGAAGCCGGUGUGAUCCGAACAACGGCAGAAUUCCAGCGCGACAUCAUGCUGAUGUUUCAGAAUGCCGUCAUGUACAACUCCUCGGACCACGACGUUUACCACAUGGCGCUGGAGAUGCAGCGGGACGUCCUAGAGCAUGUCCAGCAGUUCCUGGCCACCCAGCUCAUUAUGCAGACCUCAGAUAGUGCCAUCUCCGCCAAGAGCCUCCGUGGCCGGGAGGGAACUCGCAAACCAGGCGAGCCAGCUGAGAAGGACUUGGUCCCAAUGGCCUCUCCUGCUUUUCUUCUCUCUCUCUUUGAUGGGGGCACCAGGGGUCGCCGUAGUGCGAUGGAGGCCGACCUGAAAAUGAAGAAAUAAACUUGGAGGCAAAACCCUGGAGGCCAAGAAGGCGGAAAUGAUGUAGAGAGGGUUUGUUCACUCUAUGGGCCUAGCGUGUUAGCAUCUGUGCUAGUGCAGUUGUUAGUUCUAGAUGAGCGUUGUGAGGAUGUGUGAUGUGUUUUGAUAGAGCUGCAUCUCACUUAGGACCUUGGAUCGGAUUCGGGCAUCUAUUGGGUGGUGCAUUCAUUGACAUGAGGGAUUGAGGGAUAACCCGUAUGUUCCUUUCCUGGCGCCCUCCCCUAUUUUAAUAAUUUAUUUUCAAAUGCAAAUGUGGACAGGUAUGAUUGAAAAGAUGAACUUGCUGUGAUGCAAGGGGUGAAUUUGAAUUCCAAAUGACAUUGAACUAACCCACCAAUCCAAUGCAUACCUGUUCUGUAUGUUCUCUAUUUUAGGACUUUAAAUCCAGUAUUGUUUUUUAAUAUCUCGUUUGAUAUUACAUCCAUAAGUAUCUAAUUUAACUACUCCAUCAUAAAGUUUGUUCAUCAGUGUCAUUGAAUGCACCACCACUACUUCCAAGUGGAUUUACAGUAUGGGAACAUUGCCCUGCAGAACAUCUGCAAAUCCAACCUGUUAAGUUAUCAUCACGUGCUUGAUAGAGCGCUUUGGAAGACCGAGUGGCCGAGUCAGUUGUUGCUGAAGUACUGUAGUAUUGCUGUAUCCCGACGUACGACUUGUAGGGCGUUGCCGGAGUGUGUGGCGUGAUAGCAUCAGAGACAGCUUGUGUAAUGUGUUCUAGAUGAAAGUCAGAAAACACCUUUUUGUACUUGUGACGGACCAUCAAGACUUAGCGUUUGCGUAGCUCAUUUAUGUAUCAUACUGUAUGUUUUGUUGUAC